AUACUAAAAUCUUCAAAACUUUCAUUAAUUAAUUAAGUACCCUCUCUUUAAUCGAUCCCUUCGCCUAUUCCUUUCUGCAUUAAUUGCCUUAUUAAUUUCACAUGGAAACUCCAAAAUCACCCCUACAGCCUCCAACUUUUGGAAACCUGAUAACUGUUCUCAGCAUUGAUGGAGGUGAUAGAGGGGUUAUCCCGGCAACUAUUCUUGCCUUCUUAGAGUCCGAGCUUCAGAAACUGGAUGGUGAGGAAGCAAGACUUGCGGACUACUUUGAUGUGAUUGCUGGAACUAGCACAGGUGGCCUCGUAACCGCCAUGCUAACAGCCCCAAAUGAACAAAACCGUCCUUUGUUUGCUGCCAAAGAUAUCAAGGACUUCUAUCUAAAUCACUGCCCCAAAAUCUUCCCCCAACAGAGUUGUCCCUUCGCUAACGCUACAAAGCUGCUCAAAUCGCUUACUGGACCAAAAUAUGAUGGCAAAUAUCUACAUCGCCUUGUGAAGGAGAAAUUAGGAGAUAAUAGAUUGCACCAGACGUUGACAAAUGUUGUGAUACCAACUUUUGACAUCACGAAACUCCAACCAACCAUCUUUUCCAGCUAUGAGAUGCAGAUUGGGCAGGUUCCAAGGUAGAUAGAAGUUCCACAUCAGGCUAUUGUGUCUUUGUCAGAGGAAAUUUAAUAUCAUGGAAGAGCAAGAAGCAGAAUGUCAUGUCACGAUCAAGUGCAGAGUCGGAAUAUAGGGCUAUGGCACAAGCUGUUUGUGAAAUAAUGUGGAUAUAUCAGCUCCUGACUAAAAUAGGCCUUGAAACUUCAGUACCAGCAAAAUUAUGGUGUGAUAACCAAGCGACUUUUCAUAUUGCAUCAAAUCCAGUGUUUCAUGAACGAACGAAACACAUUGAGAUCGAUUUCCAUUUAGUUCAUGAGAAACUACAAUAAGGUAUGGUUUCCACUGGGUACGUGAAGACUGGAGAACAAUUGGGAGAUAUCUUCACGAAGGCUCUGACUAGGAUUCGAGUUGAUUAUCUUUGUAACAAGUUGGGUAUGAUUAAUAUCUAUACUCCAGCUUGAGGGGGAGUGUUACAGAUGUAUAUUUGGUAGUUAUAGGUUGCAUAUAUUUAGAAGUUAAUUUCCAGGAUUAUAAUAUUCAUUCUUAAU